AUGUCUACUUUCGACGGAAUCAUCAGGGAAUUUCCCGGGAUUAGGGUGGAUUUCUUUCGAGGCGUCGUGGAUGACCCGCCUCUGGCAUGCUUCCUCAGCCAUAUCCACAAGGCUGAUGCUGCUCAGAAAUCCCUCCCAAUGAAUACGCCGACGGAUAUUGAGCUUGCCCCAAACAACACCGUGCGUGUCACUCUACUCGAUGCGAAUCAUUGCCCAGGCGCGGUCAUGUUCCUCUUCGAGGGAGAUGGAAAGGCUGUCCUGUACACAGGAGACAUCAGGAGCGAGCCUUGGCACGUCGACGCCCUGCUUCGAGUUCCGUGCAUGGUCGAGUAUUCAGUCGGACGAAAUUCAAAAAAACUUCAAACCUUAGACAAGAUCUACUUGGACACAAGCUUUACAGAAGACGUUCAGUUUCAGACGAAAGCCGACGGAUUGCGCGAGCUCCUCGAGAAAGUAGCCAAGUAUCCUAAAGACACCCUCUUUUACUUUUCAGCUUGGACCUAUGGCUAUGAGGAUGUAUGGAUUGCAUUGGCCAAAGCUCUGAAUACCCAGAUACAUGUCGAUGACUACAAAAUGAAGGUAUACGAGUCCCUAAGAGUGAAGCUCGAGGACGACUACAUCUACCUCAGCCCUGAAGCGCCAGCUCUGGUCGGCUUCCCUUGUGGAAAUCGGUUCCACCCUGGCUGCUUGACACGAGAUCCAAAUGUCAAAUUACACAGUUGCGAAAAGGGUUCCGGAUGCUCGAUAAUGCAAAAUUCGACGGCUGCGAAUGUUGUCUGGAUCACGCCUAUUGUUGCUCAUCUUCGUAAUGACAAUGAUAUGGUUGAGGUCGGUAUUGGGGGCGGGGCAGGAGAUCUGCAAGAAGCAGAUCAGAUCGUUUUCAGCACUGAAGAUGCCCGUCAAUGGUUGGAGAGUGUGAAAGAGGACCAGGACACGCCCAAUGGAACUAAAUCUCUGCUGCAAAAUUUUCUGACGAGUGCCAUCUCAUCCCAGCAUCCUCUCGUACUCACUCUUAUUUCCAUAUUCGCGUCACUCGUCAUAUGGCGAGCUGCGCUACUUGGUCGGGGCGUUGAAGCCAAAAGAUAUCUGGCCUUGCACAGUCGAUACAGAAUCACCAUCGAGGGUUUGUUCGGCGAGCACUGCUCGGGCGACGUCUUCGAACAUGACAAGUACAUGGCUCAAAUAGCUGCAGAGCUACAUAUCGAGGACGUACAUCAACCCGAGACUCAAACCUCUGCUGAGUCUCGCAUACAGUCUUCCCCAGUCCUUGGGUUGUCACCUCCUGGUGCUAGGGCAUCAGCUCCUGUCCAAUAUGGCGAUCCUGGUGAGGCCUCUCAACACGCCGAGAUAGCCAUACCAAGCCAAGCAACGACUGCCUCUGCGAUCAAACAGCAUAGUGGUUACGGAGACGUGCACCACGCUAAAGACGUAGCCAACCGACAACACCAAAUCAUAGAUCUCACUCUUGAGGAAACAGAUGGCAGCCAAAGUACGGCCACGCAACCUAGGCGGGGAUUCCAGCUCAAGAGGAAUUUCGAGAGCUUCGCAGAGAGUGUUGAGUCCAUGGACAGGACAGGGUCGCACGGCGAGACCACCCUCGAAGAUCACAGUCAUCUCGUCGACUCGCAAGAGAGUUCAGUCUCGGCCCGCGCAUUAGAGACUCGUCGGACCGCCUUCAAUUCGGUGCUUCACGAGUCUAACCCUGCCCGGUGGGCCGGUCUCCUGAGCACGACGAACAACCAUACUCACAGAGAACGCGAGCUAGGCGACGAAUGA